AUGGCAAUCGGCAAACCAAUUUUCGCCGAUGUUCUGGGCCAGUGGCCACAACUCAAGACCUACAACCACGGCUCUGCUCUGUACAAAGCUGAAGGGAUUCCCAGGGAGAACAUCAUUCGCGAAUGGGAAGCAGCGGCCGACAUUCUGACGGCACAAAUUCCUUGGCUUGUCGAGAGGGUCGUGCAUGACGGUGUCGCUCCGGGAAACACUGGACAAUUCUAUACAGCACCAUGGCCAUCACAUUUGCCCCCAAACAGACUGCUCCGAUUGAAAGACUGCAGUGACCUUCUCCCGAGCUACCAGGAACUCCACGAUUCGCAGUUGCCAAUUCAGAGUUUGGAUGGCAGGAUUGUUUGUCCCACUCCUGGCUUCCCGCUCCCGUACAACGAGGAAGAAAUGGGACCAGCCCCUGCUUGUAUCAUUCAGUUGAACUUCAUCCAAGACGGCGUGAUUGUUACUUUUUCGAAUCAUCACAAUGUCAUGGAUGGAACGGGCUUGUUCAAUGUUAUUGGCAUGAUGGCCUUGCUACUUGAAGGCAAAGCUUUGCCUCAAGAAUGCAUCGAGCAAGGAAAUAGGGAUCGUGCCACUGUCGUACCUCUCUACCCUGACGACGUCCCGAUCAAGGAUCACUCCUACCUGAACGCCAUCACACUGCCUCCUCCGCCGGUGACGGCACCCAUGGCAAAAUGGCUGGCCGUCAAGUUCAAGAAAGGAGCUUUGUCUCCACUCAAAGCCUUGGCCAGCGACCCGACCGGCUUUGACAAAGACGUAAAGUUUAUCUCCAGCGGAGAUGCCGUGAGCGCUCUGUACUGGAAGAUCUUGGCCGGUAUCCGCGUGCAGCAAGGAAUGGAUCCCUCUGCACGCACCAAGUUCUCGCGCGCCAUUGAUGCACGCUCAGCCGUCAAAGUUCCUACAACUUUUAUGGGUCAAAUGGUGCACUCCGUACCGACCUACUAUACACAUCAAGAACUCAUCGAUCUGCCACUUUCCACCAUUGCAUCUGCUUUGCGCAAGGAUCUCGAUACGACGAACAACGAAUACUCGGUACGCAGCUAUGCCACCUUUAUCGCCAGACAACCCGAUAAAACGAAGCUCAUGUACACUGGUCCUUUCAACCGACAGACCGACAUUGCAUCUUCGUCAAUGGCGCAAGCUUCCUUGGUGCUCAAGUUCGGCCUAUUGGGUAUGCCUGAGUUCAUCCGUCGUCCUAAUCUGUUCCCCAUACCAGGCACUUUGUACUUUUAUCCUCCCGAUGCCGCUGGAGAUCUGAAUCUUCAUGUCUGUCUGCGUGAUUUUGAGGUUCAGGCUUUGCAGGACGAUCCUAUCUGGGGGCAGGCAGCUGAAAUUGUUGGGUAG